AUGAACGGCAUCAAUGUUACCUCGCCCACCGUGGCCAAAGGCUCUGAAAUCGAUGUUUCCAAGCUCACCAUCCAAAAGACCAGUAGUCCUGGCACGCUCAAGGCUCCCGAGGAGCUAGUCUUUGGAAGAAACUUCACAGACCACAUGCUCUCGAUCGAUUGGACUCAAUCAGAAGGCUGGCAAGCACCGCAGAUCAUUCCGUACCAAAACCUGUCCCUCGAUCCGGCAACGUGCGUCUUCCACUACGCCUUUGAGUGCUUUGAGGGCAUGAAGGCUUACAAGGGCAACGAUGGCAAGCUGAGACUUUUCCGCCCCGAUAAGAACAUGGCCCGCUUCAACAAGUCAGCGAGCCGGAUAUGCCUACCUACAUUCCAGCCGCCGGCUCUUAUCGAGCUUAUCGCCAAGUUGGUCGAGAUGGACCAGCGAUUCAUCCCGGACGAGAGAGGAUACUCGCUUUACCUCCGACCUACGAUGAUUGGCACGCAGACAACCCUCGGCAUUAGCCCUCCGGCAUCUGCCAAGAUCUUUGUCAUCGCCUCUCCCGUUGGGCCAUACUACCCGACCGGAUUCAAGGCUAUCUCUCUCGAGGCCACCAACUACGCCGUCAGGGCUUGGCCAGGCGGCGUUGGCGAUAAGAAGCUCGGUGCAAACUAUGCGCCGUGCGUCGUGCCACAGGCGGGCGCUGCUAGCCGGGGCCACCAGCAGAACCUAUGGCUCUUUGGCGAGGAAGAAUUCGUGACCGAGGUUGGCACGAUGAACAUGUUUGCUGCAAUCCAGUCCAAGGAAGGAGUGAAAGAACUCAUCACGGCACCCCUCGAUGGCACCAUUCUGGAGGGUGUCACGCGUGACUCGGUUCUGGCUCUCGCCCGUGAGAGGCUUGUGCCAGAGGGAUGGACUGUAUCGGAGCGAAAGUAUACGAUGAGCGAGUUGGACGAGGCGGCGCGGGAGGGAAGGUUAAUCGAGGCCUUUGGUGCGGGUACGGCUGCCAUUGUAAGCCCUAUCCGCAGUAUUUCGUGGAGAGGGAGGAAGAUAAACUGUGGCCUGGCAGAAGGUGAAGAGUCGGGAGAGGUUGCCUUGAGGAUGAAGCAGUGGAUGGAGGCGAUUCAGUAUGGGGAUGAGCAACAUGAGUGGAGUUAUAUUCUAGAUUAA